ACAAAAAUUUGAUAAAAAUUGAGUUUAUAAAAAUGAGUUCAACUCCGAAAUGGUACUGUCGUAAUAAAAAUCAAAGUGUCAAUACUUUUUCUGAAAUAAGUAAACUGGGAGUUGAGCUUCGCAGAAUUACGAAACACGUCAUAAUGGAUGUUAAAAUGGACAUUUUUAUUGAACGCGGUUUUAUUUUGGAAGAAUCAGAGCGUAUAAUAAAAAGAUACUGGGAUUUUAAAAAAAAUUGCAAUCGUAUGGAAUUUGUCUCGCUAUCGAAGAAGAUGAAGCGAAGCCCGUAUAAUUCCUUACUUCUAAAUAAAUUCCAUAAAUUAGUAAAACUAAAUGAUCGUCGGUUUAAUCAAUUUACAUUAACAUUGAAAAAGACAUUAUGUUAUUUAUUUCGUAAAUCUUAUCACUCAGACGAUUGGUUCAAUUGGGCACUCCAACUUACUAAACUGUACAAUGAAUGCUGCAAUUUAAAUGUGGAGGAUGAAAAAAGCGAUGGAUGCUGUAAACCAAAUGCGAAUGUUUGCAGUAAUAAUUAUCCGUCAUUGCUUUUAACACUGAAAGCGAUUGAUUUCUCCCAUGUUUUACAGUUUAUAUCUCAAACACGCAUUGAACAGAGCAUAUUAGAUUUAAUGCUUGGGCUUUUGAAUAUUAAUAAGCAGGAGGAAAGUAAAAGAAAUUCUUGGUUAGAAAACUGUGAAUCGAACUGUUCCAGCUUAGAAAUUUUGCGCAUACUAACAUUAAAUAUUGGAACCGAUGAAAUUCACCAAUGCUUCCAAAAUGAUAGUUAUGCUUUCAAUAGACCAUUGAGAAAUAACAGUGACGGCUUCCAAACAGAUGUUGAAAAAGAUAAUAAUCAGUGCCGGAAGCAUACAAAUAUGUUUUUAGAAAGGGAAAGAAUGCUUAUAGAGCAGUUACUAUCAAAAGCGAAUGAAAUAUGCCCAAGCAUUCUUCAAGACUUUAAUAGCAAUCACGAUACUUUAAUUGCACAUGGGUUGCGCAUAAUAUGGUCAUCUGUAGGUGUAAUCUUGGAUCAUAUACUACUUUGGUGGAUGGAUACUCCAAUAACAUGUUAUUCUGUAAUUCAUAUUGAUUCCAUAAGACUUUGGAUGCAAAUGCAGAAAAUUGAAGAUAUUCCAGAGCCAGUACAUUCUACUCUUAGAGGUGUAAGUGAAAUUCUUACUAAUUUUGUGUGUAAUAAUAUUUGGGAUCAACUUUUUCGAUUUACGUUUAUUUCGAAUAAUUCUAUAAAUGUUUUAGUAACUAAAAUAUCUGAUGCUUAUCAUGGAUGCCCAAAGAAUAACUUGGGUACGGCUACAGGCACAAUUUGGAUAGUAGUAUUUUUUAACUUAGUCAACUUAAGCAAUAAUUUCUUUCCUACUAUUAACAUGGGAAACUCGUCCUUAGUUCCAGUUUCUGAACAAAUACCAAUUUUACAUCGGAUUGAUCAUUCAGUCCAUUCAAUGCGCAUAUGGGUUACUGAACAAACAAAAUUGUUAUGUUGUGAAUGGAAAAUGAGUCUCUUUUUCAAGAUAUUAGAACAGGACGUGCAAAUCUGCCUAAAAUUAUUUGAUAAAUUUAAGCUGCCAAACUUAUCUUCUAAUUUGAAUGACAUUUUAAUGCUGGUAUGCAUUGCAUUGCGCACAAAAUUAAUAUGUGAGGUCAAAGUCAAUAUUGAAAAACUAAAGAAUACUACAGAGGAAUGUGUUAAUAUAUUAUCAUCUGUAUGCCGGAUAUUAAGUUUGGCCACUUUUACGCUAUGUUUUCCGCCAGUUACCCAUUGGCAGCAAAAUACAUAUAAUGCGGAAGUGAAGUCUACCUAUGUCGAUUAUGUUCUGGACCAAAUCUUUUUACCCAUAAUACAAGCAACAACAGAACUUGCAGUGUUGAAACUUAUUUUAAGAAUAAUAUGUGAGUCCUGGCUAGACUUUAUUUAUAAUAAACGCAUAAAAUUCAAUAUAGCCGGCGCACUACGAUUGCUGAGUGAUUUUGACUAUGUUCGUGAAUGGAUAUUAAAUUGCAACUUCAUAAAUCAAGAUCAAUUAGAUAAGUUGAGUAAUCAUGAGGUUCUUCGCAUGUGUAAGGGUGUGGGAAAGAUUUUACUCCGCAAACCUGAAGAUAUAAUUUCAAUAACAAAGUCACCAGCAUAUGAUCAUAAAUUAAACGAUGAAGCGUUACAGGAAACUCAACUGCCUUCAGAAAUGUUCAUUUCCAACCAGAAGAAUUGGCUACAACUGCGGGCUGGAGAAUCUAGUUUUUUAUAUUUUAAAAUGUGUUGCAAUGACAAUACUAAUGUUUAAUACAUUUUUGA